UCGGCUAUAACGCUGGGAUUAGCGCGUGCGGGAAGGGCGAACAGUGGCAGCAAGCUUUGGCGCUGUUCAGCGAGAUAUGGGAGGCGAAGCUGGAGGCCAGCGUCAUCUUCAGCUACAACGCUGGAAUCAGCGCGUGCGAGAAGGGCAAGCAGUGGGAGCGGGCCCUGGCGCUGCUCCGCGAGAUGGGGGCGGCGAAGCUGGAGCGCGACGUCAUCAGCUACAGUGCUGGGAUCAGCGCGUGCGAGAAGGGCGAGCAGUGGCAGGGGGCCCUGGCGUUGCUCAGCGACAUGGGGGCGGCGAAAAAGGAGCCCAACCCUCAGUCAGCUACAAUGCUGGGAUCAGCGCGUGCGAGAAAGGCGAGCAGUGGCAGCUAG